AUCGUGAAUCUUAACUAACAUAGGUGUUAGACUUAAUCAGUGAUUUUAAAGUAUCAAAAUAGAUCUCCACAUAUACCAGACCCACAAGAUAAGAAAAUACCAGUUAGCAAAAAGAAAAAUAAGAAGAAAAUACCUGCAGAAGAUGGCUGAUCCAAUUGGAGCUGAUCUUGCUAGUGGACUGCUUAUAAAGCUUGUUUCACUUGUAACUGAAGAAGUUAUUCAGGCUUGGAAUAUCCAUCAACAACUCCAGACAAUGCGCGGAAGGCUGGAAUCAAUUGACGCUCUCUUGUCUGAUGCUGCUACCAAGAAACUAACCAUGUCUGCUGUCCAAAACUGGUUCAACAAACUCGAAGCAGUGGCUCAUGUAGCUGAUGCUCUUAUGGAUGAACUUGUAUACGAAGCUACUCGAAGAAAAGUGGAGGAUGGUCAUAAGGUAAGAGACUUCUUUAUUCCUUCUAAAAACACCUUAUUAUAUCGUUUCAAGGUGGCUCACAAGAUCAACUCUAUUCAUGCUUCUUUUGACAAACUUUUCAAAUGGGCUGGAGAUCUUGGUCUUCAGCCUGUAGCACAUGUAGUUUCAGUUGUGCAACCGAGAGAGAUUCGAAACACCCCACCCUUUGAAGAGGAGUCUGAAAUAUUUGGAAGAGAUGAUGAUGUAUCAUAUUUAGUCCAAACAUUGUGCAAAAAUCAUCAUGAACAUGAUUUACCAGUUAUUGCUAUUGUCGGUAUGGGAGGUCAAGGAAAAACAACUCUUGCUCGUAUGGUUUACAAUAGGGAGGAAGUAAUAAAAAUGUUUCCUAAGAGGAUGUGGGUUACUGUGUCACAUGAUUUUGAUUUCAUGAGGAUUUUAAACGAAAUGGUCGAAUCACUCACUUCAGCCACUUCAGUGUUGAAAAAUACUCAAGGAGUGAUCUAUGCGCUUCAAAAAAAUGUUAAGGAUGAAAGGUUUUUACUCGUGCUAGAUGAUGUCUGGAAUGAGGAAUCAGGGGAGUGGGAGAAGUUGCGAAAUUCUUUGCUUGGAGUUGGUGGUGCAAGAGGCAGCACUAUUUUGGUGACAACUCGUAAACAAGAAGUCAUUAAUACCAUGAAAUAUUGUGUUCCUUAUCCAGUGAAAAAACUAUCAGAGCAAGAUAGUUGGGCAUUGUUCAAGCAACGAGCAUAUUCACCCAGAAGAGAUUCAGAGAAUGAAACAUUUGCAGGCUUGGGGAGAAGCAUGGUUGAAAGGUGUGGUGGCCUACCUCUGGCAAUAAAAGCACUUGGCGGUUUGUUGCAUUCAAAGAAGUCUAAGCAGGAAUGGCAGUUAAUCAAAGAUAGUGAAAUGUGGAAAUCAAAAGAUGUAUUGCCUUCCUUAAGACUGUCAUAUGAUAAUUUACCUUAUUCAGGCCUGAAACGAUGUUUUGCUUAUUUUUCUAUUUUUCCAAAGGAUUCUGUCAUCUACAAAGAUGAACUAGUACAUACAUGGAUGGCAUUAGGAUUCCUUUCACCUCAUGAUGACAGGAAGGCGCUAGCAGAAGACAUUGGCAACGAAUACUUUAGCAUCUUGUUGUGGAAUUCUUUGCUACAAGAUGUGGAAAGAGAUGAAUACGGCAACAUCACCUGUUGCAAGAUGCAUGAUCUGGUGCAUGAUCUUGCAUUAGAUGUGUCAAGUAGUUACUCUGCUACUGCAAUGCCAAGUCAUGAUUUUAAUCAGCUAUCGAAGGCAAAAUAUGUAAGACUGAAAGGUUUUAAGGAUGUAAAAGCACAAAAAGUUGAGGCAUACAUAGAUUUAGUACAAGCACUGUAUGCAGAUUGUACUGUAUUUGGUCUGAUGUUACUCAAUCUUAAACACUUGAGAGUACUGGUGAUUAGUUCUAGUAUACUUCUUGAAGAAUUACCAAAGUCUAUCGGGACUUUAAAGAACCUUAAAUAUCUUGAUAUCCCAAGUUCUCUCAGCUUGCCAAAUAACAUCACAAGACUCUACAACUUGCAGACUCUGAGAGUUGGGCCUCUACAGGAGCUUCCAAAAAGGUUUUGUAACUUAAUUAACUUGAGACACUUUGUUAUUAAGAGAAACUAUGUGAACAACAAUCCUAGAACAAGGUGCAUGUUUAUUGGUAUAGAGAGGUUAAUUAGUCUGCAAACUUUGCCUCAUUUUGUUGUAAGCAGAGAUAAUAAUUGUCUUGUUGAGCAUUUGGGAGGGCUGGAAAAUAUUAGAGGUACACUGGAGCUUUAUGGCCUUGGUGACAUAAAAAGUAUUGAAGAAGCCGCCAAGGCAUGUUUGGGUACAAAGUCUAAUAUUGAGCGGCUGAAGUUAGUCUGGAGCAACAACGAAAAUGAAAUGGAAGAAGUAGAAUACAACGACGAGGAUGUGAUGGAAGGAUUGACACCUCACCCAAAUCUGAAAGAACUGACAAUUCUUGAUUUUAAGGGGAAGAACAUUGCAUCAUGGAUUGCAAUGAUGACAAACUUAGUUAGAAUCACACUGAGUGAUUGUAACAGAUGUGAAGAAUUUCCACCACUCGGCCACCUUCCUAAAUUGAGGGAAAUGGAGAUAUGUAGGAUGAGAGAUGUCAGGGUUAUCAAGAGUGACUUUCAUGGAGAUGUUUACAGUGGCAGUAGUGAGUUCAGUAACAGUGGGCCAGCAAAAUUGGUCACAACACUGUAUCCAUCACUAACAAAACUGAGUUUGUGCGAUUUGCCAAAGCUUGAAGAAUGGCUAGAACCAAUUAUGAGUACAGGCCUUAAAGACCUAAGUGCUUUAGUAGUAUUUCCUAAACUCGAGGUCUUGGAAAUCAUGAGUUGUUCAGAGUUGAGAAGGAUCCCGAGUAGUAGUCUCCCAUCCUUAAAGAAGUUAAAAAUUAGACACAACAGCAUGAUACUAGAAACGCUGAGCAAUAAGGUUAGCUCUCUCACAGAGCUACGACUUAAUGAUAUUAGUAACAGAGACGGAGCCUCAUCUUCUUCUCAAAAUAUCAAUGCUCUAAUGGACAAGCUAUUGAAACAAAAUUCCAAGUCUUUGACACUUUUAAACCUUAAUGACUGUCCGGGCUUGACACGUCUAACACUAGGUGUGGCUAUGCAGGGAUUGAGAGUGGUUAAUUGUCAUGAUCUAACUAGUAUUAAUGUAUUUGAGGACUCAGUUGGCUUGAAAUAUCUGAUGAUUGGAAGUUGUCCCUCUCUUUUAGAGUGGACAUUUGUUCAGAGCAUGAGGUCCACACUUGUAAGAUUGUCAUUAAGUCGGUUCUCAGAGGAAUCAGAUGAGUUUCCAUGGCCUGCUUUCUCUUCUUCUCCGAUCUCUUUUCCUAAUCUAUCCAAGCUAGCACUGAUUGGGAGAGAAAAGGUAGAGUCAAUAAUACCCGAAGGAAAACUUGAUGAUCGUCUCUCCUCGGCCUUCCCUUACUUGACUCAUCUAAACAUACGUGAUUUUGAAGGAUUGAGAGCUCUUCCAGAAUCAAUAGCAAGACUACCAUCUCUUGAGGGCUUACAUAUUUGGAAUUGCAAGAAUUUGAGGAGUUUGCCAACAUUUAGUGAGUCACAUACCCUUAAAUUCCUGGAGAUCAAUGGGUGUCCUGUUCUGAAAGAAAGAUGUACUAAGGGGAGUGGGACAGAAUGGUUCAAGAUUCAACAUAUUCCGGAUAUUAUAUGGGACGGAACCAGGUGGCUGUGAACAUUUUGCUCCCUUCAUUUCUGCUUGCUGAUCAAAGAUAAUGGCAGAGACCGUGUUAUCAUUCAACAUGUCCUACCUAAAGAUUUUGUUAACUCUUGUAGUAUGUUUUGUUAAUUUUUUUCAAUCACCCGCAUACUUUUUAAGGUGAAUAUAAACUCUACUUUCAUAAUUUACUUAUAAGUUUUUAUUUUUCUUUUAAAGUUUAAAUAUUGAAUUUUUCACAGGA